AUGCCUCAGCUCCUGGACAGCAUCUCCACCCUCAUCAGCGUCUUCUACAAACCUGGGAAGAAAGACGAGGACUGCUCCACCAUCAGCAAGAGAGAGGUGAAAAGGUUCAUCCAGAGGGGGUUUGCUGACAUCACAGUGAACCCCUAUGAUGCUCACGCCAUAGAGGCGGUACUGCAACUUCUGGAUCAUGAUGGCGAUGGGGUUGAAGAUUUCAAUGAAUUUCUGCUUCUGGUAUUUAGAGUGGCGAAGGUUUGUUACUGGUACCUGCAGCCAAAACAACAUCUCCCGCAAAGAACAGAGACGGGACUGAAGAGACUGAACGAAGCCGCCGUCAGCCACAUGGGCCUGAACCACGACGGGAUGAGAGGAGUUGGUACGGAACACAAAGAUCUGAACAUAGAGAGAAUGAGAGAAGCCACCAUCGGUCACGUGAACCUGAACCACGAGGGGAUGAGAGGAGCCGCUACGAGAGACGUGACCUUGAAACAAGGGAGGUAG